UUUUUUUUUUCUUCUUUUUCUUAUUUCUUUUUAUGUGGUUAAAAAUCAAAGGUAAAGCUAAAAAGAAAAAAAAGAAAACAAGAUAAGCACAAUCCACUCAUUUCAAUUCAAGUAAAGAAUCUUAUUUACUUUUCACCCACUGAGAAUAUUGCACAAGAAACAAAUCAAACUCAACAAACAACACAUCAAAGCAAGUCUAAACUAAACCAGAAUGAAUCCAAUAGCCAUGAACACAAAAAUCAUGCUAUGUUUGAUCAAAUCCUAUCUCAAUUCAUCAGUCUAUCACACAGUCUAAAGAUAGAUAUGAAUACAGAAAAAACAAAACAAGUCUUCAUACAGAAUAAAGAGACAGUCAAAGACGAACAAGCCAUGUUUGAACUUUUAAUGCAGGCCUGGAAAGAAGAUAUUGAGCAACAAUAUAAAGAUACAGCAUCACAGACUGUAGAAACAUUAAAAGACAUGAACAAACGACUAAAUAACAUUCGCCAAGAGACAGAAAUAUCAACACCUGUUGUAUACAAGGACAAGACUGAGUUAGAAGAAGCACUCAAGGUCUCUGUUGAACGUAUGACAAGCAAUAAAAUGGACGGAUUUGAUGUACUAUGCCAAGAGAUUGCUGAUAUCAACACACCGCUAUAUCAAAGUAUUCAAGAAAUAGACCACCUAUUCAACAGCCAUGGACCAUGGCAAAUAGACUUUAAAAUGAAGAUGUAUAAAUGCUUUGAUAUUCAAUAUGAUCCAUAUUAUGUCAAUAUGUUAAGGAGACAUAUGCAUAUCAACACAGAAGAAUGUUUAGAUAGUUAUUUACUGGCAUGUCAUGCACUGGCCAGGUAUUAUGCCAUUCCUUUUGACUAGGUA